AUCGAUGCCGGCCGGAUAUCAUCAAUUCUACGUACAGUGUGCGGACAUACGGCUUGCAGCAUACCCGGAACUACACGAAUUCGAAGAAAAGGUCUAAUAAUUAUCUAAGUCGGAAAGUACCUAUGGUGUUAGCUACGGUGUCUGUAACACUCAAUACACAGAUGGAGAGUCGUGUAGAUACACGAACACACCCCGCGGUUUAUUUGGCUGCGUGUCGAGUGAUCGUACUAGGUAAAGCUAGAAACACCAUGGUGCUCGAUAACUUUACGCUGUCGCUAUAUUUAUGUUUCACAGUUGCGUCGAAUUACGGUGUAUUUCUAUAGAUAGUGCGUUACGAGUCUUUCAAUGAGGUAUGCGCCAACUCCACCUCGGAACACCAUCGCAUAAGCGCCGAUGAGGCGAGAUAUCCGUUCACGGCCUUUGUUUCAAGACGAUGGAAGCACAUAGUCGUGUUCUUUCUGCGCUCUCUCUUCUAUUGCUUUAUUCGGCUCAAAUUCUAGCCAAGAAAUGUAUCGCAAAUCCGUUGAGUAGCUAUGUGGCACAUGUUGACUGCAACUAUCGGAGUCCUUUUGUACGAGAAGAAUACCAUACAAAAGUGAAGUUGACUAUCAGGGUAUCAAAGCCUACGCAAGGAUGGCAACUUGAUCUGCACUUGUCUUUCCGAGGUUCAUUUAGAGUAAAAUCGAUAUCAGGAGGCGAACUUAAUGGCAGCGAGACACGCCAAAACGGUAUUAUAACACUGCGCAACACGGUCCCACGUCUUGCUGCAGGCGAUCGUUUUCGUGUCGGCUUCAUCGUCCAACACGGUCAGUCUAACACGAAACUGUUUCCAGCAAAGCUCCAUCUAAACCUUCCAACUAGACAUAUCACUGGCGUGUGUGACGGACCUAGACAAUCAUCACAACAGAGCUCUCACACAAAGUUACUAUUGCGCAGAGGGAAGGAAUGGGUCAGGCUAACCCUUGACUUCAACAAGGGACCGUGGAUGUCUUGCAACUUGACGUUUGAUGUUCCUGUCCACGUUACUGAGCUACACAACGCUGAGUAUGUUGGUCAAGUAGAUGAUAGAAACCAUGUAAUUGGAGUUAAGCGCGAGCACGUUGUUAUUAUAUAUCAGAAACUCAGCUCUAAAGGCAGUAAAUCAGGACACAUCGGAUCAGAGUGUUACCAUUGUGAUCACACUCAUGGUCAUUAUCAUGUUGUUCCUCUGCCACCCUUCAUUGAGCCUUCCAUCGAACCAGUUGAAUAUUCAGGUAUUAGUCCAAUCACUGAUUUGAGUCCAACGUCAAAUCAAGCAACAUCAAAUCUGGUUGACAAUCAAAGUAUCCCUUUCUUACCCGAUUACCUCAAUGAACAUCCAGCAAUGGUAUCUACUGUUGUCACUGACCACACAAUGAAACCACAGGUUACUAAAUCAACUAAAAUGCUACCUACUGCAGAAACUUCCAAAGAUUCAUCUUCAUCUUCUCAUGGUGUAUGGAUUGGAGUAGCUGCAGGUUGUGCAAUUGGAGUCAUAGUCUUACUCAUUGUUGUUGCUGCUCUUCUGAUGUUUCGCAGACGUUCUAGUUCACCUGAAGGCAAUACUUUCUCAUUGGCGUGGCACAGAACGAGAACAAACGAGAGUUCAAAUAAUAUUUACCAUCGAGAAGACGGACAAGUAGACUCUUCAUCAAACGGUCCGACUAUGGCUAACUGCAGAACUCUUCCUUGCACACCACCAGAACUAAUGAAAGGCAAAGGUUUGCCACAAGAGACACAAUAUGAGGAGCUUGAAGUUUGCUUGCCUGACUACAACAAUUCAAAACUGAAAAACGGUGGAGGCAUGAUUUCUCCUCCAUCAAACUAUGAUCAGCUUCUUCCAGGACAAAGAUUGAAUCUUCCGAGUCAAAGCGGUUAUGAUAACUUGAGUCCAGUUCAAAGUCCUCAUUCCAUGCCAUUAGGACUUUAUGAGGUGCCCGAUGAUAUAGUCGAGUCAGGAGAUGAAGAUGAAACCAAGGAGGAGGACUACAUGAGCAUGAAUAAUCUUCAAAGAAAGCAGGAUCAAUGACAGACUUAAAUUUGGUGUUACGUGGGGGCACACAAUAUCACUGGAAAUAGAUGAACGGUGGAACAUACACUUGACAAGUGCAGGAAUACAUUCUAGCAAUAAUUAUUAAUUAACUAAAAGACAAAGAUCUGUGUGCUGCAUGCAGUCUUCAAAGUUGUUCUAGUUUGCUAGACAAGAUUGUGUAGACUAGAUUAUCUAUACAAUGGCUAAAAGUGUUCGAAUAUGUACUCUAGUAAAAUAUUGCUGGUAUAGACUGAACAACCGGUACCCACUAAGACGCCGGCCGGCUUACCAGUAUUGUACUUGUACUAAGCGUCUAAGCGUAAAUUAUCAAACGCAUUUUACGGAGUGACAGAAGUCACUCUAGAAACA